AUGCGUCUCAUCAUCCGUGAAGGCGCCGACACGACAGCGGAGUAUGUCGCUGAAUACAUCAUUGAACGCAUCAAUACAUUUUCGCCUACAGCAGCGAAUCCCUUCGUCUUAGGCCUGCCGACUGGAAGUAGCCCAAUUCCGGUAUACCGCGCGCUAGUCGUUGCUCACAAAAUGGCACGUGUAUCCUUCCGCCAUGUUGUCACGUUCAACAUGGAUGAGUACGUUGGCCUCCCAAGAGAACAUCCCGAAUCAUACCAUUCAUUCAUGCACACAUACCUUUUCAACCACAUCGACAUCGAUCUAUCAAAUAUAAACAUGCUCGAUGGAAAUGCAAUCAAUCUGCAACAAGAAUGCGCCAUGUACGAGGCCAAAAUUAAGAAAUAUGGUGGCAUCCAGCUGUUCCUUGGUGGCGUGGGAAGCGAUGGCCACAUUGCGUUCAACGAGCCGGGAUCAAGCCUAUCAAGCCGCACUCGACUCAAGUCCUUGGCGUACGAGACAAUGCUAGCGAACGCUAGGUUCUUCGAUGGGAAUAUGAGCAUGGUCCCUCGUAUGGCUCUUACGGUUGGGGUGCAGACGAUUAUGGACGCAAAGGAGGUCGUCAUAAUUGCUACAGGAACCACCAAGGCACUCGCUAUCCAGUCCGCGAUUGAAGGAGGGGUAAAUCAUAUGCACACACUUUCCUGUCUGCAGCUGCAUCCAUGCAGUCUGCUUGUUGUUGAUGAGGAUGCUACCAUGGAAUUGAAAGUCAAGACCGUUGCCGUGAGUGAUAGAUUUAAAAUGCUUAUGGGCUCUUCUCUGACAUGA